AUGACUGUCUUCCUUGGCAAAGGUCCUGCCAAGGGCACCCUGUCUUACAGGGCUGGGGGGACCCUGGGCUGCCUGAGGGCAAGCGGGACGUUCCACCAGGCUGUGCGCCAGCUCCUCAGGCUCGGGGCCCCUGAACCCUCUGCUCUGGGCUGCAACCACCUUCCCUCGGAAAUUGCAUCUGCAGGGUUCACAGAAAUGAACAGAAAGUUGGAGAGAGCCAUUCGGCGGAGCACUGGUCCUGAUGACGAAGCUUUACGUUUGGGGCAGAAGCGCAAAUUACUGCAAGUCAGAGAGAAAGGAGACUCAGCUCUGCCGAGAAGACCAGAUGCCAACCUGUGGAGAAGCUACCAGCUCCAAUGCUGGGCAGAAGAUCUGAAGGCUGCGUGGCGGGAGGCUCAGCGCCGGCAGGCGCGGCUGUCAGCUGGAGGAGGGCGGCGUGCAAAGGACAGUGAGCCUGACCAGGAUGAGACCCUGCAACAAGGAGCCACCAGGUCCCCAAGGGUCAGGGAAAGGUACAAAGCAACCCUCAGAGAGGAGAAGAGCCGUGAGGGAGAGCAGGCCUGGCACCCCAGGUCUUGGAGGAUGCUGGCGGGCAUGGAGAGGCAGGCGGCCAUGAAAGCCAUGGGCCAGAUGUAUGCUCCCCUGUGCCCCCUCAACAAGAGCAAAGGAAAGCGAGUGCCUUCCACCAAGAUCGGGGGUGGCCGCCAUGCUGGGGACCCUCGGCGGAGCAGAAGAUUAGACCUGGAAAAGCUCAAUCCAUUUUCGGCCCCUACAGGGGAAGUCAGGCGUAUGGAGAGGAAAGAAAGAGAAACCACCCAGGAGGGGAGGAGACGGCUGGCAAAGGGGACAGCUUACUGGGCAAACAGCCCUUGGGUUCCGAGUCCAGAGGGCAGACGGAGGGACAGAGAACAGCUGUUGCCUGUUGGUUCCACCCGCAAAAGGGGAGUCGGGCCCCAGGGAUGUCAGUGCACAUGCAGUGACAAGAGCAAGUGGCAGAAAGAGCUGGAGCUCGCCUUUGAAGAACUGUUCAAUACAAACAGAAAGCUGAAGAAACAUCUGAGCUUGCACUUUGACCCGAGGCCUGUGGAGGCCCAGAACCCCGAUGAAGAACAGGCCACUGCAGAGCCGAAGGGAUGCGGCAGUGAGGCCCCCAGAGAGAAGAGGACAGCAGAUGCAGAGACGACACCCCCUGGGGAGUCCAGGGACCCAGCAGCAGUGGAGGGCCCCCUGCCAGCGUCCAAAACUGAUCUGAAAACGUUCCUGGACAAGAAGACGAAGAGCCGAAAAUAUCACCAGACAACCAAGACCCUGUUAAGGGAUGAAAGUCAAAUGCCAUCUCCCAAGGCAGUAGCGUUUGUCAAUGACGAGGACCCGCCCUCAGGCUGUGCUGAGUCCAGACAGGCGUGCCCCGGAGAGGCCACAACAGUGGAGGACGUCCUUCAGCCUCACCCCCAAGACCUGGAGGCUGGACCUGGCUCGCCGGUGGUGUCAGUGUCAAGGCACAAGCAGGAGGCGGAGAUGGAGCAGAGAAGACCAAAGCAGCUGGAGCUGCCUGAGGACCUGGACCGCCAGAACCUGAGCUUGGAGAUUCACUACAAGGCCGAGCUGGAGAACGAGCGUCGGGAGCGCAGGCGGGUCCGCCUGGCCCUCCUCAAGUCCUCCUACCCCACGGCGGGCCAGGACAUGGCUUCCUCGAUGGGCUCCAGCAUGACCGAGGAGGAACAGCAGAAUUAUAUGAUCCAUGACUAUCAGCGGCAGAUUUUAGAGCAAAACAUGUUGCACAAGCAGUUUCUUGAAGAAGCCAGGAAACGCUUGCGAGAGUUUCAGGACACGUGUUGAGAGGGAGAGGCCGCU